UUUCACAAAGUAGCAGUAUGAGCUCAGGAUAGGGAGUCUCCUCCUCUGUAUGAUCCUGAGCUGAUCCCGAUAAACACUGAUAUUAACCCGAGAUAUUAACUCUGACUCCGGGCGGAGGGGUCUCUCACCCCCCUGAUCAGAGCCGGAGCGGGCCCGGGGAGAGCGGCUCUGAUCCAGACAGUAGGAGAGAGGAGUGAUCCGGAGCACAUCCAGCUUUAGCCCGGGUUCUGGAGGAGGUUCGGUCCAAAACAACAGGAAAAAGUGAAGCAGGAGGAAGACAGACCCAUCCGGCCCCGAGCAGCAGGCCAGCCGGACCCCCAGCCCGGCCACCAUGGCCCAUCUGCGGGGCAUCCACAACCAGAACACUCGCCUGGAUCCGGAGCAGUACUUCACUAAGCUGGAGCGGAUCGGUAAAGGCUCGUUUGGAGAAGUGUAUAAGGGGAUUAAUAACCGGACGAAGGAAGUGGUGGCGAUUAAGAUCAUUGAUCUGGAGGAGGCAGAGGAUGAGAUUGAAGAUAUUCAGCAGGAGAUCACAGUUCUGAGUCAGUGUGACAGUCCCUUUGUCACCAAAUACUUUGGCUCCUACCUAAAGAGCACUAAACUAUGGAUCAUCAUGGAGUAUCUGGGUGGUGGCUCAGCUCUGGACAUGCUGAAGCCUGGGCCGCUGGAGGAGGCCUACAUUGCCACCAUCCUUAGAGAGAUCCUGAAAGGCCUGGACUACCUUCACUCAGAACGAAAGAUCCACCGAGACAUUAAAGCUGCCAACGUAUUGCUGUCAGAGCACGGGGAAGUAAAGCUGGCCGACUUCGGGGUGGCGGGACAGUUAACGGACACCCAGAUAAAGAGGAACACAUUCGUGGGCACACCGUUCUGGAUGGCUCCGGAGGUCAUCAAACAGUCUGCUUACGAUUUCAAGGCUGACAUCUGGUCUCUGGGUAUCACCGCCAUCGAGCUGGCCAAAGGGGAGCCCCCGAACUCAGACCUGCACCCAAUGAGGGUCCUGUUCCUCAUUCCCAAGAAUAACCCCCCCACCCUGGAGGGCUCCUACAGCAAGGCCUUUAAAGAUUUUGUGGAAGCUUGUCUUAAUAAAGACCCUCGAUUUAGACCAACAGCCAAAGAGCUGCUGAAGCAUAAAUUCAUCACUCGCUACACCAAGAAAACGUCAUACCUCGCCGAGCUGAUCGACCGGUACCGGCGCUGGAAAUCCGAGGGCCACGGAGACGAGUCCAGCUCUGACGACUCGGACAUGGAUGGUGAGGGGGACGACAGAGACCAGUGUCCUAUGUGGACGUUUCCCCGCACUGUAAGAGCCAGUUCUAUGACCAAACAGAGAGGACACAACCACACAGACAAUAAGACAACAGAUGUGAUGAAGAGGCAGCCUAAAUCACCUUCGCUAACAACACUGCUUAUGCCAAUCUUCAGAGAGUUAAAGGAAAAGCGGCGUGUGAGUGGAGGACGUGUGGGUGCGUUAGAGGAGCUGGAGAACGCCUUCAGUCUGGCUGAAGAGUCCAGUCCUGGAAUCUCAGACCGGUUACUCACUCACAUGAUGGAAAGAGUGUGCAGGUAUACACUCAAUGGGAACACCCCACCUACAAAGCGAUAGAACUUUACUAUACAACUGUUGGGGGGACGCCCUCCAUUCACCGCAGGAGUGGAAGGACCAUCCAAAUCAGGCCUCUUCAUCCUCAGCCAUGUUCAUCUCCUUCUUCAUCACGGUCUAAUCUCUCCAUCUCCACAUGCAGGAGGAGCUUUGGAUCUUGGAUCUUCAAUACAAUGAUGCUUAUCUUCUUACAAUUAGAAAAUUUUUUUUACACUCUUCUUCAUGGAAUAUUGAUUUUUUUUAACUGGUGUAUUUCAGUGACAUAAGACAUCGAUAUAUAUUCAAUAAACUGCACAGAUGAAAAAAUCCACAUAUUCAAUGGGUUCCUUUUGAAGAUCCUUUCAGAAAAUAAAAGAGACAAAACUUGGGAAGCAGAGAACACUGUUAAUACCAGUUACCUUUUAUUUGUUACCUUUUCUUUUAAGUAAUGACAUGGAUGACAAACUACAUGGAUGGUGUACAAAAGCAUAGCUCCGCAACAUGCUACACAAUAAAUAAAAGAGUGAGAUGGAGAUGCAGACUGAAAGAGAAGUGGACUACAGAGUGGACUUCGGAGUGUACUCCACCAACGUCCAGACUUCACACUCCUUCUGAAUGACGGGAGUGACGUACGUAAAGCUCCUAGAGAGAAAGCUUCAUUGUUUAAGUCUCAGCGGACAAAAUUACCCCCCCAAAAAAACAACAAAAAAAACCACAUAAAUGCAAACAGGAAACGCAUGAAACACAAAUUCCAGUCUUUGUAAGAAAUGUAUAUAUAAAAAAAAGAGAAAAUGAAAUGAUGAGACGCCAUGCCCAGUGAAUAGGCAUUCCAGUCCAGUGCCAGCUGUUUAAAACCAGCGUUAGUCUGGGGCUCAUCUUGAGAUGUGUAUUAUAAUAUCUGCAAACUUAUAUAGUAGCACAUAAAUACAUAUAGUCACCAGUACCGAUUAUUACUUUAUUAAUACACGACUGAGAAACCACUGCCUCAGCUCUUAGUCUUAUAUA